CGCUUCCCGCCGCUUCCCGCCCGCUAUGGCGCGGUUCGAACCCGCGGCGCUGCCCGACCUGCUCCCGGUGUUCUACCGGCGGCUCUUCCCGCACGGCGCCUACGGCCGCUGGCUCGGCUACGGCGGCGUGGUGAAGAACUACUUCCAGCUGCGGGAGUUCUCCUUCACGCUGCGGGACGAUGUCUAUGUGCGGUUCCAGUCCUUCGGCAGCCCCCAGGAGCUGGAGCGGGAGCUGCAGAAAACCAACCCCUACAAGAUCGACAUCGGCGCCGUCUACUCGCACCGGCCCAACCAGCACAACACGGUGCACUUGGGAGCCUUCCAGCCGCAGGAGAAGGAGCUGGUCUUUGACAUCGACAUGACGGACUACGACGAUGUCCGGACGUGCUGCAGCUCGGCCGAUAUCUGCUCCAAGUGCUGGACCCUUAUGACCAUCGCCGUGCGCAUCAUUGACCGCGCGCUCGUGGAGGACCUGGGCAUGAAGCAUCGCCUAUGGGUGUACUCGGGCCGGAGGGGUGUCCACUGCUGGGUGUGUGACGAUGCUGUGCGCAAGUGGUCCCCAGCGCUGCGGGCGGCCACCGUGGAGUACUUGACCCUGGUGAAGGGUGGAGCGGAGACUGUGAAGAAGGUGAAUGUCUCCGAGCCUGUCCACCCCUUCAUCAGGCGCUCGGUUGGUGUGGUGGAGAAGUACUUUGAGACCUAUGCGCUGGUGGGACAGGACAUCCUGGGCAGCCCGGAGAGCUGGGACAAGGUGCUGGCCCUCAUCCCGGAGGAGCACCGUGAGCCGCUGCAGGCUGAGUUCCCCAAGAAGCGGGACUCGGUGCAGCGCUGGGAGCUGCUGAAGGGCCGGAUGGAGCGGACACGGAGGGCGGCAGCGACCGGGAAGGGCGUCGGGUGCUACGCGGACUGGGAGGUGAUGCUGCAGUUCUGCUUCCCCCGCCUCGACAUCAACGUCAGCAAAGGGGUCGGGCACCUCCUGAAGAGCCCCUUCAGCGUCCACCCCAAAACGGGUCGCAUUUCGGUGCCGCUGGAUCUGCAGAAGCUCGACCAGUUUGACCCAUUCACUGUCCCCACCAUCAGCUCCCUGUGCCAUGAGCUGGAUGCGGCCGGUGCGGCCGAGGAGCAGGAGGAUGGUUCAGAGACGGAGCCAAAGCGCCGUGCGCGGGACUACAAGAGGACGAGCCUGGCGCCCUACGUGCGGCUCUUCGAGCACUUCGUGGAGGAGAUGGAGCGCGCCCGGCGGGGAGAGAUGCUCCGGAGGAGCGACCUACAGGGAGACUUCUGAGGCCUCUGCCAUCGUCCCCUCCGGUGCCUGGAGCAGGGACCCGGUGCCUGGAGCACCCAGCGGGGUCUCUGCCCCACUCCCCGCAGCCCCACACGGACCCUUCUCUGUGUUUGUACCUUUUUCUAUGCAAAGAACAUUAAAUGUCCCCAUUCACCGUGUGCCUGCGCCCGGGACCUGCUUCUCCCUUGGGGCUCUGGGGCUGCUGCUCCCCAUACCCUGCCCUAUAGCGGGGCUCCGGCCCCAUAGCGCGGGUCCCAGCCUCACACCGGGGCCCGGAACGGAGGAGCCCGGAACGGAGGAGCGCGGUGGCCGAACCGGGCCGAGCCGCGCUGCCCCGUACCCCGGAUGCGCUCAUCCUCCCGGAAGUCCCUCAUCCAGCCGCUCGUUCUCUUUCCGCCGCCAUCUUGGACCCUGCUCCCAGCACAAAAUGCCCGGCGAAGCGACAGAAACCGUCCCGGCCACCGAGCAGGAGCUGCCGCAGCCGCAGGCGGAGACAGGGUCCGGAACAGAGUCUGACAGCGAUGAAUCCGUACCAGAGCUCGAAGAGCAAGACUCCACACAGGCCACGACACAGCAGGCACAGCUUGCAGCAGCAGCUGAAAUAGAUGAAGAACCCGUUAGCAAAGCAAAACAGAGCCGGAGUGAAAAGAAAGCACGGAAGGCAAUGUCUAAGCUGGGCCUUCGCCAGGUGACAGGAGUAACCAGAGUCACCAUCCGGAAAUCCAAGAACAUCCUCUUUGUUAUCACAAAGCCAGACGUGUACAAGAGUCCUGCUUCAGACACCUACAUAGUCUUUGGUGAAGCAAAGAUUGAAGACCUGUCCCAACAGGCCCAGUUGGCAGCUGCUGAGAAGUUCAAAGUGCAGGGAGAAGCCGUUUCAAACAUCCAGGAAAACACACAGACCCCCACGGUGCAGGAGGAGAGUGAGGAGGAAGAGGUUGACGAAACCGGCGUCGAGGUGAAAGACAUCGAGCUGGUGAUGUCGCAGGCGAACGUGUCCCGAGCAAAGGCCGUCCGUGCCCUCAAGAACAACAGUAACGACAUUGUAAAUGCCAUCAUGGAGUUGACGAUGUAGCUGUGGGAUGGAGGAGCCUUUUUUGGUGUUUCAGAGAAGAGUUCAAAUGCAUCUACGUUUAAAAUUUGUACUAUUUCUAUCCGGGAAUAAAAGUUGUGGCUUAUUGUUGGUGAAA